GUCUUUUCACUUAAGGGACAAAAGUCGAAGAACGUGAAAAAACGUUCGAAACAAUCCCAGAAAAAUCUGAGCAAAAGUGGAGAAAACAUAACAAAUUCGAGAAGCAAAAAUAACGAAAGCGGCAGUAGGAAAAGUGCAGACGAUAAAUUUGAAGAUGAAAACGUACAUAUAAAGAAAAUACAAUUUAUAAAAAAUGACAAGUAUCUACUAUGCGUAUCGAAGAGAUACUUGUACAUUUUUAAAAUCUGCGAAUUUCCCAUCACCAGAAUAGUGUACAUGGAUUUGUUAUAUCUUUGCAUUGGAAUCGAGACGGUCAUUUCGAAGAAGCUGUUUUUUCCAUGCUUCUUUUCUGAGUAUUUUUAUCUUUUUUAUAAAGAAAAUGAAUAUAAACAGAGGGGAGAGGGGAGUUUCCUGAACAGCAGUAGUUUAAGUAACGAUUUUUCUCGACUCUUUGGGUCCAAUUCUGACGUAUCUAUAAAUAAAUACGAGGAAAUAUCUGAGUGCAGUAAAAAUUGUAAAGAGAUGGAAUCGCCUCCACUUAGGGGUUACCAAGACGAAGCAACACCAGCUAAGGGUCAUUUAAGCCUUUUCAAAGAUUAUUAUAAAUUAUACACAAGUUUGAACUUUAGCAAAAUUAGAAAUUUUGAAAUAUGCGAAGUAAAGUGCGUGGAUUUUAAGAUGAAAAGGCGCACCUCCGAGAAUGAAGGGGGGAACUUUUACGUCCUAGAUCUUGUUUUGUGUCUGAAGGAGCAAAUUCCGUACGUGUCCAGGGUGUACGUGGAGGAGAUGGCUGACCCGAGUGGCCAAUACGCGACUUCCCUGCGUGACGUACAUCCCCUUGCUCCAUAUGCAGAGCGCAUGAACGACUUCAUCGUCGACGUUAAUGAGACGCUCCCCAUCAUCUCGUACGAACAGAUGAACUUCACAUUUCAAGAAAUGGCCAGAGAGAGCUGCUUGCAUGCGAGGAAAGACAUGCUUUAUUCGAAGAGUAAGUCGAAGAAUAAGAAAAAAUAUGUGAAGGGGGGUGGCUCGAAAAAUUUGGUCUAUAACCAGGUCAAUGGUGUGAGUAAGAUGGAGUGCUCCGAGGGGAGGAUAGGAGAGGCAAUCCUUAACGAAGCGGUGGUUGAGGGUGGGGGCACCAUAGAACUGGUUAGUGCAGUGACUACCCGAAUGCCCAGCGGACUGCCCAGCGCAGCGGCGAGCGAAGUUACAAUAGGGAAUCCCCAAAUGGUGGACCCCGCGGAGAGCUACGUCAGCAACAGCAACCUCCCCCCCAGUGCGACCCAGAGAGAGGGCGCAAGCGUCUGCGAAGAGAAGGACGAAGAAGCCAUGCAGUUGAUCAAAUUUUUUGAAAAUUAUGAAAAUAGUCGGAAAUUUUUAAAGAAAAUGCUGAGUGGAUAUUUCCCUAUCUGUGUGUACAAAAAAAGGAGCAAGAGGAGGUCUAAGGAAUUACCAACCACGUUGAACAUAUACGACAAUUUGGAUGCCCUUCUGAAGAGAGAAACCCUAAGGGGUAACAUGCCCAGAGGGGAGGAGGAAGACGAGGAAAUUUUCGAAAAAGAAAAUGACUGCUACAUUUUUGACUACUCCGGGAGGGAAAAAACGGACUACUUUAAUUUUCCUCACAGUUUGCUAAAAAAUAAAAACAGCUUUAAAAACUUGAAUAAGCAUAGGGACAUAGACAAGAAAAAGCACUACAUAUAUGUGGGAACCCCCUCGUAUGUCCUCGCAUUCGAAAUGCAUUACGUGAAAAGGCGUACCACCUUGGACGAACAGGGAAACAAAAAAGCGGAGUCGCUAAAAAGGAAUAACAUAAUAUAUUCCAAAAUUGAGUGCUUAUCGGAUGAAAUUUACAGGGCUUGCGAUAAUUACAUGGGGAAGGUACAGAACAAAAACCCUUUUGACGAAAAAAUAGAGUUAAGUUUUCUGUUUAAAAUUUACCUGGGUAUAACAACCCCGCUGGAUAUUGCCAUAAGGGAGAAGGGGAACCUGCUUUGUGUGAGGACAUUGGAAAAGGUGUUCCUGUACAAGGUUACGUACAAGUAUAGUGUCCACUGUAUGGGUGGGGUUUCCCAUUCGAAUCGGAUGUCUAUAUCGGAUGAGGGGAAUUCCCUGCAGCAGUGCAUGACAGGGGGGGCGCCCUCCCAAUUGGAAAAUAACAUUACUUCCGGUAUAGUGGCAAACAAGAGCUCUCCAACGCAAGGGGGAAAACACAAUGAGAUGUACAGCUACAUAGAUCGGAUAUGCCUCUAUCACACAAUUCAUAAUCCAAUUCAGAAGGAAGUGCAUGAGUUGUGCUGCUUCAGUGAAGACAUUUACCAAUCAUACCUUCUUGUUGUGUCGUUAAAGUCUGGGCAGUACACACUAUACAUUUACGAUUUGAAGCACAUGGAUUUACAGAAUGCAGUGAAGGUAAACAUUUCUGCUUACAAAGGAUUCAAACAGAUAAGGUGGAUAAAAUGUUAUGACAUGCUAGUGGCCCUUUCCAAUAUAGGGAAUUACCUACUAGUAUUAAAGAACAAACACCUAAAUAAUUGGAGCUUCUUCAUCUCCGACUUUGAAUUAAUAGAUUCUAACAUCGAAGUUAUCGAAGAAGAAAACGAAUUUGACAUAAUAGAAAAUAUUCAACCGAAACAUAAAAAUAUAGAUGAUGAUAUUUGGAAGUAUAUUAUUAUUUACAUAAAUUUAUUUAUAAAGAAUAAAAUUAGCAUUCAGAAUUUGAGCCACCCUUCGUCCCUCUUUCCAAUACUUUAUACAGGGUAUUAUAAAAACAGCCCCAUGGACAACUCGAACGGCGUGGAGUUGCUGGCCCCUGAAAUGGUUUAUUAUUUAUACUACAAAAAUAUAGUCAAUUUUUCAUUGUAG